ACUGUGAAGAAAGCAAAAGUAGAGGUAAAGUCUGAGACCAGGAAGGCCAAGAAGACUCCAAAAAGGAACACCAAAGCCAAACGCCCUAGCACCAAGGUUGAAACAGGCACUCCAAAUGCUUCAAUGGUGGGCAGAACCAGAAGGAAGGCAGCUCAGGCAUCUGCAAAGAACACCCCAGCAAGGCCCCGGAGGACCACAAAAGCUACAGCAAACACCCCGCACCAGCCUUUGCCGAAAAGGGCCGUAGCGAGAAGAGGGCGAAAUUCCAAGAAGUAAGCUCACAUGGGGAUCCUGAUCGCCGGGCAGAUUGCGAGAGGUGAAAUCCUUUCCUAGUUUUCCCAACAUCUGCUUGGAGAUUCUCAUGAUCCAAGACUGGACAGAAGCACUGAGGAGAGGGAAUCAGGCGCACUCAGGUCUCAUGACAGGGUUGUCUAUCUCAGGACAUAGACUCACGUCAGGCAGUGAAUGUUACCAUUGUCACGGAUAAGAAAGAACUUUAUCGCACCACUAUUGCACACAGUAUAGAAGUAUAGAGGUAUAGAAUAAAAGUUUUAAACACCUUUUAACUAACACAAUUAGAGGUAGCAUAAGUCAUUAAUUUGUAUAAGCAGGGUGGCCAGGAACUAAGGGUGACGGUUGAAAGAGCAGGGUACAUUCAGACAGGCGGUUUCGCUGUUGGAUGUCCCUGCAUAGAAGGAUGCUUUAAUGUGACAUCUACACAUGGUCUCGAUGUCAGAUUAUGUAGUGUUUUAAUGCUUCUGUUAUCUAAUGUGACCAAAAAAAUCAGCCAUUACAAAAUUUAAUGAAAUAACAGAAACUGGAACUUGUCACUGUAUCGUUUUUAUCGAUAUUAAUAUGACUUUCAUCUUUUUCACAGCUGUCAAAUAUCACCAUGCAUUUUAACAUUUGUACAACAGGAUUACGAAGGCAACUUCAACAUAUGUGCAAUGUAACAUUUCACUAGAACAAGCAAUACCUUUAGUUAUAUGUAACAAGCAAUAUCUUAGAGUUUAACCUGCACCUAGAUGCACAUGUAGAAUGACCUUGUCACUGUUGGGUAGGCUAGUUGUUCUUGGAUAUAAAUAUACCUUUUUAACAAC